GUAAGUUCGUUUCGUUCCUAUGACGUUGCAAGCGAGCUAACUUAAAUCCUUGUUUAUGUUUUUCGUUGUGUAUGCAUUGUGUCGAACUAGACGGUUUCCUUGUCUCAAAUAAGUCUCACCCCAAAGGAUGAUCGACACAGAGAGGGAAGCCGGUGAUGCAGAGCUCCGCAGUAAGAACAAGGAGAUUGAGAAAAAGAAGAGGUCCCGUGUUAAGCAGCUGCUGGGUGAUGUGAGGAGGCAAGUGGACUUCUGGUUCGGAGAUGUCAACCUUCAUAAGGACCGUUUUCUGAAAAAAAUCAUCGAUGAGUCGGAUGAUGGAUAUGUUGAUUUAUCCAUAUUGGCGAGCUUCAAUCGAAUGAAGAAGUUGACAUGUGACACUAAGCUGAUUGCAAGAGCGCUGAAAAAUUCAUCCGUAGUCGAGGUUAACCUAGAAGGCGAUAAAGUUAGGCGUCAGCUUCCGAUCGGAGACGUACCAAAUGAUGUUGACGCCCGCACAGUCUAUGUGGAACUGUUGCCCAAGGACGUGACGCACGGCUGGAUAGAGAAAGUAUUCACAAAAUGCGGGAAUGUGGUUUAUGUUAGCAUCCCCAGAUACAAGACCACAGGUGACCCCAAAGGCUUUGCCUUCAUAGAGUUUGAGAAGGGGGAACAUGCACAGAAAGCCAUAGAGAUGCUGAACAACCCCCCUGAAGAUGCUCCCAGAAAGCCUGGGAUUUUCCCCAAGAUGAAGCGUGGGAAGCCCCUGCCCCUGCCAGCUGACAAUCCACCAUCAGGUGAAGAAGAGGAGGAGAAGAAAAAGCGCAAGCGAAAGAAAAAGAAAGAAGGUGCCGCGUCACAGACUCUUGCUGAAGAAUCCAAAGAGCGAAGCGGGGAAGCAGAACCGUCGGCGCCAAAGAGGAGGAGGUCCGCAGCGGGAGAUUCUGAAUCCGAUGUUGCUGCCACUCAUAAGACACCGGACAAACUGUCCGAGAAAAAAAGACGACGGUCCCAGACAGCAGAGGGAUCCGGAAGUGAUGUGCCGUCCAAAAUAAGGAGGACAAGUGAAAGUAAAGCUGGAGAGAAGGACAAAGAUUUAACUAAGCCUAGUACACCAACUAAAAGUGACGAGGAGGGAGGUGUUGAGGAAGGGAAAGAGAACGGAGAGGAUUCAACGGUUAAAGCGAAGAGGAAGAGAAAGAAGAAACACAAGGAAAAGUUGAAAAUAGGGGAAGAAGUCAUCCCACUUCGGGUUCUAGCCAAGAAAGAGUGGCUCAAGUUGAAAGAUGAGUACCUGACCUUGCAGAAGAGCAGCAUGAAGUCCUUGAAGAAGUGCAUCUUAAAGAUUGAUCACAAGGAGCACAAGAGUCUACGGGAGACUGAAAAUGCCGAGAAGAGUAAGAAAAGUGAGGCGGAGCCUAACCACGGCCCACAGUUCACCAGUGGUGUCAUCAUGAAGAUUACAGAUGACAAGCCUCUGCCAGGGAGGAACUUCAUCAAGGAAGCUCUGUCCAAAUGGGCCCCAGUAGCUUACAUAGACACCUUGGAAGGAGACACUGAGGGUCACAUCCGCUUUCACACCCCGGAAGACGCUAAAGCCGCCAGCGACGCCAGAGGAGAGCUUCAGAAAGAGCACAGCUGGAAGGUCGAGAUCCUCGCGGGUGACCACGAACAGAGGUACUGGCAGAAGAUCCUAGUGGACCGCCAGGUCAAGCUCAAUCGUCCGAGGGAAAAGAAGAGGGGUACAGAGAAGCUCAUAUCCAAAGCAGAGAAAAUCAUCCUUGCCCGGGCCAAGGAGGCCCAUAAGCACAUCCGUUUCCAAGAAGACUGACAGCUGCUGGCACACUUGCAUAUUUAACUAUGUGGACUUUACGUAAUGUGAUUUGUGAAGAGGACAGUUGAUUUUAAUGCGUACCUAACUGAGGAACUAGUUAAAAAUGUCCCUUCUGAAUUCGUUUGCACUGGAGCUGCUAUGCGUUUAGACAGUUGGGCAACAUUUUUGGUAUUAAUUACUUCUUUUUUUUUUUUUUUUAAUAGGUUGUGUUUUGAUAUGAAUGUGAAUGAUGUCACCGUAAAGACGUG